AUGCCGUUCGGUGCAAAGGAGGUAGAGGCGUUUUUUAUGCGACACGAGUGCGGCCUGGCGGGGGCCGAACCGAACGAUCUCGUCGCCAUUGCGGACGCCAUGCGUGUUGGCCGCACCUACGACGAGGUGGCCCACUUGUUGUUGCCCGCGGAGACGGAACUGCUGCCACAGUCAUUGGGGUAUAGCAACACCGGCGGCACGAGGGCGAGGCGAAAAGGGCGGCUCGAUCUCGCGUAUCUGAAGUUCCCUUUUUCCGCAAAUGCACCCUUCCACUUGAGCGCAGAGACGCUGCUGUUUCCGAGUGACAGCUGCGAGCCGCAGAGCAUCACGGUGUAUAACAGGACAAACUCCCCCGCUACGGCGUACUGGUGCAUCCCCAGUGACUCCGCUUUCUGUGUUGUGCCAUUACACCAAGACGUGCCACCGAGUUCGUACUGCACGUUCACUUUGUCAAUGACCUCAGGGGGACUCCUCCCUCUUGACGAUCAGUUUCUUGAGUGCUACGUCAACUACAAGCAGAUGCGUUCAUUUCGGCUCGUUGAGGAUGGGGGAUUUACACCACCACACUUUUUUACGCUUCGCUGCCAGCGAGAGCUGGCAAGCCGUAAAGCCGACGAGGGCACAAUCGCACCCCUUGUGAAGGUCUGCAGUUCUGUCACGUUUCCCACAUGCCGCGCCGGUGACACCGUGCAUGCUGUCCUCAACCUGGAGAAUUGCGGUGACGUGGCGGUGAUGUUUACGGUCAGCGUACGCAUGGACACCUUUGAGCCCAAGAACGGCGCAAAGGAAAAGGAGGAUGAGGAGGAGUCGGCGCCCAGCGCGCAACUCUUUACCUGCAGCCCCACCAGCGGCCUCAUGCCGCCGCAUGGCCGGGCUCCCGUCGUGUUGUCGUUUCAGCCAUCCAGCGCCGCGCGAUUCCGCGGUAGGGCGGUGGUGCUUCUUAACAAUAGCCCAAAGGACGAGAUCACAAUUGCCCUUCGCGGAGAGAGCUUUUCGCUGGAGCUCGUCAUUGAGGACAACUCCAUGAUUGUGUUUCCACCCACGUGCGUGACGGGUGCGGCGCGACGCCAGCUGAAGAUCUUUAACCCGACGUGCAUCCCAAUUGCGUUCGAUGUGCAGCCCUCCUCAGAGCUCGCUGGUGCUGUUCAAAUUGACCCCAUCUACGGUGUCCUCGGUGCUGGUGACCGAACAGAGAUUUCUUUGCUCUUCACCCCGAGCGAGGCGGAGCUGUACGAGGGCCAUGUGAACUUCUGUAUUUACGACAAUGAAAAGGCACAGGCGGCGGCUGCACACGGUGACGUGAGUGGGGCAGAAAAGACCCGGAAAAUCGUCUCGUGCCCCUGCAUGGGUGAAGGUCGUUACGCCGUUGUUGAGGUGGAGCCAGUAACAAUGGAACAUGAGGGUCCUGCCAUGCAAAAGCAGACUUUUGAGUGGACUAUUUACAACAGCAGCGUGUGUGAGGUCUGCUACGAGGUUCGCUGGUUGUCCAAGACGGGUGCGAAAUGUUGGCAGGGUCAAGAAGCGCCACCUGUGCAGCUGAGCAAUAACAAGUCUGGCACACUGGCGGCACGUUCCCACACAGUGGUACUCGUCACUCUACGUCCCCCAGCUGGAGUCUCGGAGUACAUCUUGUAUACACUUGUAGGUGGAAGCGGGGUGUCGCUGGAGACCAUCCCGCACCCUGUGAAUCUGCACGAGGUACGGCAAUACCCACACUGUGAGGUACUGCUGAAAGGUACACGGCCGGCUGUUCAAAUUACUGAUGUACGUUCGUUACAACAGCACCGGUCUCAGUUGUGGUGCCAGAUGGCUAUUAAUAGCGUUAAUGCAGUUCUUGCCGCACCAGUGGAGGCGAUCGAUGUGGAGAGCGAUUCAUUUGCCUUUCCGCAGUACAUCAAGGGUCUAGAGCCGAUUUUCAUGGAUGUUGGUGUGGGAAGCGUUCUCCACGCAAAUAAGGAGGUGCUGAUACGUGUUGAGAAUGCUGGAUCGUGUCCAGCUUCCUUCCGCUUUUGGUACCCCACUGAGCAUGAGGGCGGUAACGAGACAUGGUUCAUUGAAGACGAGGAGCUGGAGGAUGUGCAGCGCAUUCUCGCCAACAGGCUGCUGGAAAUCUCCCCGCAGGAGUGUACCAUUCCUGUGGGCUCGCACAAACUGAUUUCCAUCACGUACCGCCACACCGUUGUUGGAACUCAUUGCCUACCGGUGUUACUCCGCCUUAACGAAGGGAAAAAGGUAUUGCUGGUGUUGGAGGGUCGCACCGUUCUGCCCGAUACCAAUGCACUGGCCUUCCACCAUCCUUCCUUGUAUAACCUUCACCCAGUGGCGCUUGGCGAUGUAGAGCCACCGCUGCAGUCCACGACGAUUGAAAAUACGGCGUCGCAGGCUGUGGAAUACAUUGUACAAGAGGACCUGUUGCAGUCAGUAGCGGAGAAAAAUUGCGGUUUUCCGGUCUUCCAGUGUCUGAACCCAACCGGCGUAAUUCCCGCCGGUGGCGCUGUGCAGCUCAACUGGUACUUCCGCCCACUGGAGGCGCGUGGGUACCGCAUCGACGUGUCAAUGCGCACAGUGAACGGUGAAGAAUACACGGUGCAAUUUGUCGGCUUUGGUUACCACCCGAAGAUGAUAACGCCAGAGGCGUCUCGUGCGGUGAUAAGUGAUGCCUUCUUGCCCAUUCCUGUCUUACCGGCGCUGCGUCUCCCCAUUGAGAGGUGCCCCGUCACGCUCUCACUGGGCGUCAUGCGUGUUGGGCCUGCGCCGUGCUUCUCGCUGCAUCGGCGUGUAUGCUACCUUGAGAACCGACACAGCUGCCACACGUACUCUUUUGCGUGGAAAACAAAGUUAGCGCCAGGGAGUUCGAAACUGCAGGUGACGCCAUCCAGUGGUGUUCUCGGACCGGGAACGCGGGUGCGCUGCCGCCUCGCGCUGUACUGUGGAAGUCUGAGUCAGGUUCUCGAGACACCUGUUUCCUGCCAUAUCCACAACGAAACAAUUGCUGCUGCUGCUGCUGCUGGUGGUGGUGGUGGUGGGCAGAACCCACCGAUUAUGGAACCCGUCUCGACGGAAGAAGAAUCAGCAGAAAGCGGAGAGGUGGAAGAGGAACUCUUGGAUGACCCACUGCUGGAUGCCAAGACCCCACCACGCAGUCGUGGCUUUGAGCGCUCCACGUGCACGAAGUUGCGACAAGCAGGGUCUAAUAAAAAGCGCCUGCCUGUAACUGUUAUACCCCCAGAGUUUCAAAGUGUUCGUGUUUUAGCAGAUGCUGCGGCUUCCCAUGCCGCAGGCUGUCAGCAGCCCCCCGCUGAAGAAGGGCCUGUUGCGCAUCACUCACUUGAGCUGCUGGUACAGGCGCGGAUCAUGCCCAUCGAGACUUAUGAGCAAAUUUAUGGCAGUCGGAACCUUCAGCAGACGUACUUCCCCACGCUCUGCCAUAAUUACGCAGAUCCCGCCGCCCUUCAUGAGGCACGAAAGCAGCGCAAGAAUGAUGUGAAGGCGCAUUCCCGCGAGGAAGCGGCGGUGGCGUUAAAAGUGCUGGACGGGCUGCUGCGGACCAUUAUUGACCGCCCCCAGGUGCGUGCUGCAUUCACGGAACACAUCCAAGAGGAAGUGCCAUACUACCGAGAGAUUGUAGCCGCCAGCGUUGACGCCUCUGCAGGCCCUGGGGCUGAGAAGCCGCUCCGCAGUUCUGCCACGAAGCGCGGCACUCCGCAACGUCCCCUGCCCGAAGAACCGGCGGCAAAAACAAAACCGCAAACGCCGCCGUUGUUGUCGCUAGCGCCUGCAGCUCGGGAUUCAGUUUCGAGGCCGACGAUGCGACAUGGCGGCGCCAUGCUUAACAUGGUGGAGGAGCUGCUCGCCGAUGUAGCCCUUCACAUCGUUGACACCGUCUCGGGGGAUAUGCAGUCCUCUUCCAGUACAGGCAUCACGGGGACGAAAAACUAG